AUGGCGUCGGGCGCCGGCUCCCAGCGCAGUCAUCCCUCGAGGUUCGACAAGCCGGCCGAGCUCCUCCAGAUCUUUGGCUGGCAUAGGUUUGGAGUGUCGCAGGCAGAAAGGGCUUUACACGGAAUUCGUGUUCAAACGUCGCGUUACUUUUGUGAAUUGUUGAUAUCUCUCUAUCUCUUGUAUGCACCAGGUCUGAAUCCGCAAGUGGUGUGGCGCAAAGAUCACCAAGGCCAAUAUCUUGGUACCUUUUCAAACCACGUUCGAACGCCUUUUGAGCUCUUGGAAGUGAAACACGUCAUCAAACUCUAUAGAUCCCCCAGAUCCCCCAGGCCAAAGGACUCUCAGUUUCCCAAAGACCUAACAAUGAGGACAAGGCAACUUCCAGAUUUACUGUCAUUCCUUGAUGAAUAUCCCUUGACGAAAAAGUACAGCAAGCGCGAGAUAGGCCCACUCGUUCUUGUAGUAUCUACCUUGAUUCUCACUGGAUUGUGCAUUUUCAAUGUGUUUACACAAGGAAAAGCAGAGAAAAUCGAAUCAUUUCUAUCCACGCGUUUUUUGGAUAAUUCAACGAAUGGGAAAGGGGAUCACGUUACCUGCCAACCAACUCUGCUGAAAGUUGACGACAACUUCUUCAUGGUUAUUCCCCCCGACGAAAAUGAAACUCUAACAGCUUCGGUGGAGGAUUUGCAAAUCGCUGCCCACUCAAACAUGUCGUUCAAAUGGACUCUGGUUGAUAUCGGAGACGAAUCAGGAACAGGAUCAAGGAAGGUAUCAACAGGGUUCCUCUAUAGGGGAGAAAGGACAAACUGCUCAGUCAAUUUUGUGAAGUCGACGUAUCAGUUCCAAGAUACAAACUACCAGUACAUCGUUUGUGGCACUUGCUUAAUUGGUACUAAGUUGAAGGCAAAGCUUUGCAAUUCAUUAAACGCGGCUGCCGAUGAUCUACUCCGAGGAUCGUCCGGUCGCUUUUGGACGAGCUCGGCACAUGUUUAUCGUUCAUUUGAUGGUUAUGAUCCAAGAUUGUCGAUACCGCUUCAUACAUUGCCGCUAUCAGCAUUCCCCCCAAAUUAUACCGAAGUGCAGGAAGAUUAUUAUAGGAGUUUUAAACCCACAAUCGGCCCGCGUGAUAUUACGGAAUUAGGGACGUGGCUUGGAGGAGUAAAAUUGAUACCAGCAUCUCAGCUGAGCGGAUAUGAUGUAGAGUUCCCUUGGCGGACACUGCCUCCACCUCAAGGAAAUAUCUUUGUUGACAAUUCGACGGAGCCAAGUGAUUUCUUUAGUGCAUUCAAUACCACCUAUCAUGCCUUGUGUCAAGGUCAUGAAUGUAGUAAUUUCCGGAUUACAGUCAACGGUAUUGGGGCGCUGGGACCGUUUGGAUUCAAAGAUACCAAGCUGUUCAAGAUUCCUGAAGUUUUAAUGGACAUGUUCAAUCGCUCACUUUCGUAUGACGUUCGAAUUAUGGAUUUAGCGGCUAAUGAUCUCCACGGAAAAGAAAUCGGGGCAACUUACUUGUGCACUAAAACCACAAAGAAGUGGCUCCCCCUCCUUAAGGUCAUCUCUGUCACUCUGGGAAGCUCUUCUGGAUUAUUUUCGGGCAUUUUUUCGUAUGUCAUUGUCGCCGUCAGCUUUUUUUCUGCCGUAACUCUCCAAGUGAAACAGCUAUUUCUGCAACUGCGAAGUCAACAAGCAAACUUAUAG